CAGCGCGCUCCUUGCGUCCUGGAGACAUGACGUCACCACGUUUGGUUUCCAAACAAUGCUCAGGAAAAAGCCACGUUGACGGUCCACACUGAAGUGAAGUCCACAAUUCCAGGCAGAAUUAAGCAGCGACUCGUUUGCCAGACGCUCCGGUUCCGUUUCGCCGCCCACUCCGCGUCGGAGCCGACAUGUCAUCGCCCCCGAAGGAGAAAGUGGAGACCAAAGGAGGCCAUCUCCCCGCAGUGAAGGCAGGAGGCAAGAGGAUCGUGCAGAAGCACCCGCCGACAGCUGCACCGGAGCCACCGCAGAAAGACGACGAUGAGGAGUACGUCAGCAGCAGUCCACCAAAGGCUCCUGUGAUUGUUUCUGGAGUGGUUACAAAGGGUGAUAAGGACUUCACCCCGGCAGCUGCUCAGGUGGCCCACCAGAAGCCCCAGCCUAGUGUCCCCAAGCUGCCCCCCGUCCAGCACAUCAACCAGCACAUCCACCAGCCCCGCAAGUGAGCCGGGCGGCGCCGCCGACGGCUACACGAACUCCACCGGCCGGCCUUCACCAACGGAACACACACAGAAUGAAGACGUUUCCCCACCAGGCACAGAUCUCCUCUUUAAUCAGAGUCAUUUUUGUUUGCCUGUUGUGUUACAUGUAACAAGUAAUUUGUCAGCAACAGACACCUAAUGCCAAUACAGCCAUUGUAGAAGUCCUACUCCUUACACCCUUGCUGCAUUGGUGCUGCACUAUUGGUUCUGCACUUUGGGUCCUCUCCUGAAGAAGGAUUGACAGCUGUAUAGUCUUAACAUGGUUUAAAUGGGUGGAGGGUCUAUUCUAAUGUUAAACAGAAGAGGAGCCCAGGUCAGAGUGUGGAGGAACUUCCACUUUAGCAACAUUCUGCUUCACUGCAACUUGCCAAUCACAGUAACUAUUAAAAUCCACCAAAAGGAAUAUGGAAAGCAGCUUUGGAAAUUGCUAAAAUAAGUUGGGCGACUUGCUAAAUUGCACAGGUCCGACGUGGACCACAGACCCUUUGCCAAUAGCGAGGCAGAGUUGAUCAGUUAUUAGACCAAACGCUGACUUCGCAGCAGCUUUGAUGAGCAUUCCAUUCGACACUUUUGCCCUGCUUCAGGACAUAAACCCGUGAGAUCUAGAGAUUUAUGACCGAUUGGCCCACAGCUGAAAUGUUUAGAUAGAUCUACCCCAGAGAAGAAAUUAGCCCUUUCCAGUUAGACUAGUCAAUAAGAUGCAAAGCACGAUUUCUGUGUAAUGAUGGCUGCUAUUACCCAAAGAGCUACUUCAGGUGUUUUAAUAUCAUGCCACAGGACAACUGGCUACAGUUGAUCAGAGGAUUAUAACUGGGGUGUAGUUAAUGCUGGUUUGCUUUCGCUGCAGUCUCAUAUGUCAUUGUUAUUACUUUGAGAGGAGCAGUGCUGUUCUGUUAUUUGCUCUCCUGGCACUUGUUAACUCGUUUUAGUUCAAAGCAACUGCACCCAGCAUGUCAGUCCUUAGAUUUCAGCACUUCUUUUCUCAGCGCACAUGCAUUUAGCCACAUUUUGAGGAGAUGGAGUGAAAAUGGAGGGGAACCUAAAGAAAGGCAUUUACGGCGUGGCAGCUGUUUGAUAGUGGGUCUUUGCGUUAACAUUAGCUCAGACGACUCGGUGAACGUUACUACAGUUUAAGCCAGGCCUGAGAGGCAGGUCAGUGUUUAAUGCAGCUCGUAACUUUGAAAUGAAGGUGAAAACAGUGCAUCAGGACAAUAACUACUUUUUUGUGUCAUUUCACAUAAAAGUGUAGAAUACAUAUGUCAACUGUGUGUCAGUUCAUCAGUGUAUGAGAGGAAAAACCGCUUUGCUUGUAAUUCCUCCUGCUCAGAAUUAUGCAGAAACGGUUGGCUGCACCGCAUCUGACAUGUUAGAAUCCGCAUCUGACAUCUCUAUUAGCUUCCCCCAAAUCCAGAUUGGCGUUUCCCACAAAGUGAUGCACACCGGACAGAUGCAAACGCGCUCGCACCCGAUUCCUUAAUCACCUUUUUCCUUACACUCAAGUCGUGUCUCAACACUAAUGUUCAGGUUUCCAGGAAGGAGAGAGAAAUUUUAUCUCGCCAUAAGGAAUGAUUUCCUAAGUUAACUUCGAGUCUGGAAGAGUUUUAUUUUCGUUUUGUUUUUUUUUUUCGAGUAAAUUGUUCAAAUUUGUACAAAUCUUUAGCCAUUGAGUGGACUUAGGUAUUAGGUGGUGUUGUCAUAUUAAAUAAAGAUAUGGACUAUCUUGAGAAAUGCU